GAAGAAUGGCGAAAAUGUAAACACGAAAAUCGUGUGUCCUCUUGAUCUAGACUUUGCGGAAGAAAAUAGAAAUACUCAUGAGUCUUAGUGAAAUCGGCUAACGGAACGUCGAAUAUUUCAGAAUGAGGAGCAGAAGUAAUUCAGGAGUUCGACUAGAUUACUACUAUCGUCUAGUUUCAGAGACAAUUCUUGCUUAUCAGAACCCUAUAUCUGGUUUAUUACAAGCAACUGCAGACCAAAAGCAUGCCUGGGUGAGGGAUAAUGUGUACAGCAUCAUCUCUGUCUGGGGCCUGGCCUUGGCCUAUCGCAAGCAGGCGGAUCUGGAUGAAGACAGGGCCAAAGCUUACGAGCUGGAACAGCGAGUUGUAAAGCUGAUGCGUGGCCUGCUAACGAGUAUGAUGAAACAGGUGGACAAGGUAGAAUCCUUCAAACUCACCCAAAGCCCUGGAGACUGCCUGCAUGCCAAGUACGACAGUGAGACAGGGGAUACGUGUGUCAGCGACAGUGAAUGGGGACAUCUUCAGCUGGAUGCUACAUCUCUCUACCUGCUGCUCCUCUCACAAAUGACUGUGUCUGGUCUGCAGAUAGUAUUCACAUUAGAUGAAGUGGCAUUUAUCCAAAACCUUGUCUUUUACAUCGAAGAAGCUUACAGGAUAGCGGAUUAUGGUGUAUGGGAGAGAGGAGACAAGACCAAUCAUGGUCAACCAGAAUUGAACUCCACCUCUAUAGGAAUGGCCAAGGGUGCUAUGGAGGCGAUCAAUGAUUUAGACCUGUUUGGAGCUAGAGGUGGUAGGAAGUCAGUCAUCCAUGUUCACUCUGAUAAAAUAGCCCAAUGUCAAGCCAUCCUUCACUCCAUGCUGCCUCGGGAGUCAAGUUCAAAGGAGAUAGAUGCAGGGUUGCUAAGUGUCAUUGGUUACCCUGCCUUCGCAGUGGAUGAUGAAUCCAUUAUCAACGUGACAAGACAACAGAUCCUAGACAAGCUCCAAGGGAGAUAUGGGUGCAAGCGAUUCCUCAGAGAUGGACACCAAACUGCUAAAGAGGACCCGAACAGACUGUACUACGAGCCUGCAGAACUGAAGGUCUUUGAGAACAUUGAGUGUGAGUGGCCUCUGUUCUGGACUUACCUUGUCCUGGAUGGUAUCUUUAGAGGCAGCAAAGAACAGGUGGAUGAAUACAGUGAAGCCCUUGAGGAACUCAUUCAAAGGAACCCCAAUGGCACCAAGGUCAUGCCAGAACUCUACUAUGUACCAGCUGAUAAGGUUGAGCUGGAAUACAAGAACCCUGGCAGCCAGGACCGUUUACCCGGUGGUAAGAUGCCUCAGCUGUGGGGGCAGUCCCUGUACAUCCUGGGCUGUCUCCUCAGGGAAGGUUUCAUAGCACCGGGUGAGAUUGACCCCCUCAACAGACGACUCUCUACGGAACCCAAACCGGAUCUUGUCAUUCAAGUUGCAUUAUUGGCCGAAGAUAAUUACAUUCAGGAAAAGAUGAAAGAACACGGCAUCCAGAUCCAGACGGUAGCAGAGGUCGCUCCUAUCAAAAUACGUCCUGCGAAGGCGCUGUGCAAUAUAACAAGACUCAUGGGUCACAAUGAUAAACUUGGAUUAUCUGGAAACGUGAAGAAAGAAGUGGGUAUCCUUAGCACCAGUAAACUCUACGCAAUCCAUGAAAAAAUCAUAGCUUUUCUACCACAGUUCUUGGACCAUCAUCAGUUCUACCUUGCCCUUGACAAUGACCUUCUAGCCAGCAUCUGUAUGAAUGACAUGUCCUAUCUCAGGUAUAACUGGAGAGAGCUGGGUCGACCAACCAUGUGCAUAGAGGUCAGGCACAGCAUGAUGGAAGAUGAUGAUGUCCAGAGAGCCAUGAUCAACAUCUUUCAAAAGUUUCAAUCUGGAUAUGUGAACGGUGUUCAGGUCCAGUUGAGGAAUCUAUCUGACAUCAUCAAUACAUCAUGCAUAGAGAAACUGAGCUAUCUGGAGGGCUUUUCCACCUCAGGUUCAGAACUCUCUCAGGCCCUAGAGCCAUCCAGCGACUCCUCUGUCCCCGAGCCUUGCCUACGAGGUGCAAAGCAAUUAGACCCCACCGCCUCCCACCACCAUCACCACGGCAACCACCAUGACCUUCAACAGCAUCUGCACAUCCUGCACCAGGAGCAACUCCAGCAGUCCUCCGAUGAAGAUGAAGGAGGGAUUCACCUCUUGACCUCGACCCCGAUAGAGAUUCCACGAUCAUCAUCUAUUCACACGCUGGAUAAGGGCACGGGAGAUAACCCCCGGUCCUCCUCCCGUUUCCAUGGCAUCGUCCAAAGAACAAGGUCCAUCUACAUAGAAGAGAGCUCCGCUAAUCCAGAUGAUACAGACUCGCGUGAAACUGUCUUUGAGAAUACCGGCAUUGAAAUUCCGCUCUCGUCAUCUCCGGGUAAAUUUCACCUGCGUCCAGACGCUGAUGGGUCGUUUGGCUCUCCUAUGAAGAGGACACCAUCUUGGUUCGAGUACAAGGAGUUGGAGGAGAUCUAUAAAGGCCAGGAAGCUGCCCAGUUAGUCCAACAGCUUCAGGAGUCAGACUCUCUGCAUGAACAGGCAGACAUAGUUCACUACCUGUAUGAGUCAAAGGGUAUGGAUUGGGACACCAAAAUCAAUGGUAAACCUGGAGUGACUGUCAAGGCAUUGAUUGAGGAGCUUUAUUACAAGAGUGCCCAUCACAAGACUUGGUCCGUGGUGCGUCACACGGCCGGUAUCCUCUGCAAGAGGGUGGAACACCUUGCCAAGUCAGUGACUGACCUCUUAGUAAGGCAGAAGCAGGUGUCGGUGGGUCUACCCCCAGAGCCCAGGGAGAAGAUCAUCACUGCACCCCUCCCACCGGAGGAACUAGAGACACUCAUCUAUGAGGCCUGCGGAGAGGAUCGUAGCUCGGCUGUGCUUACACAGGAAUUACUGAUCUACCUCUCCAUGUUCAUCUGUACGGAGCCGAAUCUCUUCACUGAGAUGUUGAGACUGAGGGUGGGCCUGAUUGUACAGGUCAUGACCUCUGAACUUGCUAGAGCCAUGGAAUGCGAAGUGAAUGAAGCAUAUGAGCAGCUGGUGACAUUAAGUCCUUUUGAAAUUAAGGAUCUUCUGCAUCACAUCCUCAGCAGUAGAGAAUUCAUGGUCAACACAACAUCACAUCGUGCUGGUACAAUGGAACGCCAGCUGUCUAUUGUGAGUUCACGAUCCAACAAGUUCCAUGGGAUGUCGUACCUCAAGGGUCAGAUAUCCACAAGUUCCUCAGACAAGCCCUAUUCGACUGUGAGUGGUGACUUGAUGGAGGAGGAGCUGACGGAGCGUCAGGGUCAGUGGUUGAGGAGAAGACGGUUAGAUGGCGCCCUCAACAGGGCACCUCCAGACUUUUACUUUAAAGUUUGGAAGAUUCUAGAAAAGUGUCAAGGCCUACGUAUUGUGAGUCACUUCUUACCCCAGCACCUGACCCGUGAGAUGACCCCUCAUGAGUUCAAGUUUGCCCUGAGAGUGGAAGAGGUUCUCAACAGGAUUCCUGAGCAGGAGUACCGCCAGCUGAUGGUGGAGUGCUUGAUGGUUAUCUCUCUCGUCGUUGAGAAUGAGUGGUUACAUAACCUUGGAGGGGUCAUAGCAACAGACAGACUGGUAGCAGAGGCUAAUGAACUCUUCUUACAAGAUCAGGUGACCUAUGAUGGUGAUGCUACCCUCUGCUGUGCGACCCCUGACCGUAGAGGACCUUCACCUCUUCCUCUGACCUGUGGCGGCAUUGCAGGUAUAUGCCUCCACUUCUAUGAUACUGCCCCCAUUGGCCGCUAUGGAACAAUGACAUACCUUGCUCGUGCUGUUGCCAAGCAACUCAACUUGACGCAGCAUUUUGGUGCUGAUGCUAAGGUGGAAUGCAAAGUUAGCUGAUUAUUUGAAUAAAAUUGAUUUGGGGGUUUGGGGAAAGGAAGGCAUUUACUUUUCUUUAUUAUUACUUAUUGCUGGUCUAUUCUAAUUAUGAUAAUUCAUACAAAAUCAUGAAGGAAGGAGGGUUCUUACAGAUUUGAAAGAUUUACAGAUUUCCUUCAAUUUUUGCUAAUUUGUAAAUUGAAUGUGCUUGUAAU